UUUCAGUAUGGGAGACCCUUAACAACAAGAGAAGCAUCCAUUUAAUUUUCACCGACAUCUUCCAACGGACAAUAGCCUAGUAUACUGAGUAGAUGGCAGUUGGGUGAAUGGCUAUUAAAUGAGACAGGUAAGCAACACAAAUUGAACUCGAUCAGUAUUUAUACGUAACAACUUCUUUGAUUUCUCAUCACUCAUCAGCAUCAUCUUCUGAAAGGAAAAAAGAAGAAGAAAAUGGCCUCAAAAAUGGAAAUGGAAGUGGAGACGUUGAAGUCCUCCGCUGAUAAAUUCUGGGGAGCAAUAAGAGAUUCCAAUUCUCUUUUCCCUAAGAUUUUUCCUGAGCAGUCAAGAUCAUUGAGAUGUGAAGCAGAUGAAAGAGCGUCGGAUCGUCCGCAGCUGAAUUAUGGAGAAGNGAAGAUCGAGACUGUCGACGAAGCAAACAAGACCGUAGGCUACAGCGUUAUCGAUGGGGAGUUGUUGGGCUUCUACAAAGUUUUCAAGGCUACGUUUCAGGUUGUCCCCAAAGGAGACGGAUGCGCGGUGAAAGGGAGCUUUGAAUACGAGAAGGCGAAUACUGAAGUUCCUGAGCCUGAUACCAUCAAAGAGAUGGCUCAAACUACCUUUAAGGACUUGGAUGCUUAUCUUCUUAAGAACUAGAAUAAUGCUUCGCAGAGUUGCAUUUUAAUUUAAUAAGAGAAUAAGUGAUGUUACGUUUUCAAUGUAAAAUGAUUCCUAUUCCAAUAUAUGUACUUUGAAUUUCACAUAUAUAUCAAGCUGUGUUUCAUUCACAUAAUGACACAGCGCGGAAGUUGUAA